GCGCGAGCCACAGCGUCCGCUGUAACGUCCACAAAACAUUGAACUGAGGGAAACUGAUGAUGAGAGCAAGCGCACUGGACACUACCGGACAUAGUCUUGGAAGAUUUUUUCUUUUUUUUUCUUCUUUUUUUUUCUCUCCACUUUACUCUCACGCAGGCAUCCGUCACAAACUGACUGACUGGUUGAAGACAGCAAGUUUUGGAGGAUGUUGUCCGUGUAGCCGUGUGGAAUUUGAUGUUUCGGGAUGCUGUGAGCCCGGUCCGGAGUAGCGCUGGUUCGGGGUUUCCUUUCGUGCGCAAAGAGAGGACACUUCAUUCUGAUGUGCGUAACUACCAGCAGCCAAGUUACGCGCUCGUAUUCACAGACGCGAGAGAGACUUCUCGCUACAUUUUAAGUGGAACCUUAGUGUAUUUUAAGCUGACAGCGGGAAAGGGGGCUGUUUUGUUGUAUUGACGGAACUGCGCUGGUGCUGAAUUUUGGAUAUCCAAAGCGCUUGACUUGAGGUGAGGAAAGGAACACGGCUCUCGCUCCGACUCCAUCUCUCAAGACAAUUAACUGAGAGGAGUAAUUACACUUUAAGCAACAGACUGACAAUGUUCCAGAGUGCCAGUGCGAUGUGGUCACAGUGGAGAGCCAUGAUAGUGUGGAUUGUGCUUUUCCUCUGUUGCUCUGCUAGUGUAGUCAACACCAUCAUCUACCAGGUGACUGAGGAACAGCCACCCAACACUCUGAUUGGCAGCUUGGCAUCUGACCAGGGCCUGCCAGACACUGGUCACCUUUACAAACUUGAAGUGGGUACUCCUUUCCUUCGUGUGGAUGGCAAAACAGGGGAAAUCUACACCACAGAGACCCCAAUCGAUCGUGAGACUCUCAAGGACUGUCGCAACCUUUUCGAGGGUGAUCCUUGUUUCUUGGAAUUCGAGGUGUCUAUUACAGACCUGAUGAAAGGCACUGGACCUCGGCUUAUCGAAGGCCGCAUCGAGAUCCUGGAUGAGAACGACAACACACCUCAGUUCUCUUCACCCGUCCUGACAUUGUCAAUCCCAGAGAACACACAUGUUGGUGCACUUUUUGCAAUUCCGAUGGCCAGUGAUAAGGAUUCUGGAAGCAAUGGCAUUGCUGAUUAUGCACUAACGACUGGCCCUGAAGCUGCCAACCUUUUCAGCCUGCAGGUGGCACAAGACUCUGAUGAAAAAUUGCCACAACUCAUUGUAUUGGGUAACCUGGACAGAGAGCAGCGAGAUUCAUAUGACCUCAGCAUAAAAGUGGUUGAUGGUGGCUCCCCACCUCGCCAGAGUAGUGCCCUGCUCAGGAUCACCAUUGCAGAUGCCAACGACAAUGUGCCCAAAUUUGAGAAGUCACACUACGAGGGUGAGCUGCCAGAAAACAGCCCAGGUGGUCAUUCUGUUUUGCAAGUGAAGGCCAAUGACUCUGACAUGGGGCCCAAUGGAGAGGUGACCUACAGCAUUCAUCAGGCAUUACCAGCAGUCCAAAGGCUUCUAAGCAUUGACCGCAACACAGGUACAAUUUUUGUCAAAGGCACAGUGGAUCGUGAAGAAAUUGGCAUGCUCAAAUUCUAUGUCCAGGCUAAAGACAACGGUCCCCAAUCCAAGAGCUCCAAAGCCCUUGUGACCAUCACAGUUAAAGACCAGAAUGACAAUGAACCCUUAAUCAGAAUCCGGGGCAUUGGCCUUGUAACGCAUGAAGAUGGUGUGGCUAACAUAUCUGAGGAUAUGCCUGUUGGCACAGCUGUGGCUCUAGUGGAAGUAUCUGAUCAUGAUGAGGGUGAGAAUGCUGUUGUGACCUGCGUUGUUGCAGGGGAUGUCCCAUUCCAGCUGCGCUCAGCUAGCGAAACAGGAAAUGACCGAAAGAGGAAGUACUUCCUCCAGACAACCACACUUCUGGACUACGAGCAGAUCAAAGACUACAAGAUCGAAAUUGUUGCAGUAGACUCUGGCAACCCUGCUCUCUCCAGCACAAACUCUCUGAAGGUGCAAGUGACAGACAUGAAUGAUAACUCCCCAGUCUUCUCACCCUCGUUGUAUGAGGUGGAAUUUGCAGAGGAGAACCAGCCAGGUGACAAGGUUCUUGAUGUAAUAGCCACAGAUGCAGACAGUGGGACUAAUGCAGAGAUGACGUACAGUAUAACUGGUGGAUCAGUCCCAGAGGGUCUUUUUGAAAUUAACCCUAACACGGGAGAAGUUCGAGUCAUGAGCCAGUUGGACCGUGAAGAGUUAGAUCACUAUCAAUUUCUAGUUGCAGCUGUUGAUAAAGGUGUGCCAAGCUUGAGAGGAACAGCCACUGUUGUUGUGAAGGUGCUCGACAGGAAUGACAAUGAUCCUAAAUUCAUGCUGAAUGGUUAUAGCUUUUCAGUCCAAGAGAACAUGCCACCUCUUAGUCCUGUUGGAAUGGUAACAGUUAAUGAUCACGAUGAGGGCGAGAAUGCUCAUGUUCAACUCUCUGUAGAACCAGACAGUGGCAAGUUUAUGAUUCAAAAUGGAACAUACACCAUCCUUUCAACCAUUUCCUUUGACAGGGAAAGGGAAAGCACCUACAGUUUUCGACUUAAAGCUGUCGAUGGUGGUGACCCACCACGUUCCUCUUAUGUUGGCAUUACCAUUAAUGUUCUUGAUGAGAAUGACAACGCUCCAUACGUCACCAAGCCCUCCAACUCCUCAUAUAAGUUCUUGGAUCCCCGGACGAGCCCGGAAACUCACAUAGAACACGUUGAGGCAGAAGACAUUGACAUUGGUUUAAAUUCCGAACUGGAGUUCAGUAUCACAGGGGGUAAUCCCCAUGGAUUGUUCCGUAUCUCUUCAGAAGGUGAGAUUACAUUAGCUAAAGAGUUCACACCCAAACACAUUGGUCUCCACCGCUUAGUGGUAAUGGUUAAGGACAGGGGCUCGCCACCACGCCAGACAACUGCACUGGUUCACAUCUAUGUGAAUGAGACUAUCGGCAAUGUCUCCCAUGUUGAAGGACUUGUUGGACACAGUCUGUAUACACCACUAGAAAUGGACAUUGCUGGGGAUCCUGAUUAUUCUCGGGACCCACAUAGUAACAUUCUCUUUGGAAUCUUGGGUGGCUUUUCAGUAGUCAUUCUAAUAAUUGUGGUGGCAAUGGUUAUCCGGCAUGUCGUGCUAAAGGAGAACAAAAGUGGCUACCAGGCAGGCAAGAAGGAGACCAAAGACCUCUAUGCCCCCAAACCAGGGCCUAAGAGUAACAAGAACAAGAAGCCUAAGAAAAACAAAGCUCCAAAGCCUGCCAACCCAUCUGAAGAAGACGAGGGGGCAAGUCUUCAGAAAGGCUUAAAUUUCAACCUCAUAAAUGAUAGUGUCAAUGAUAGCCCUAGAAUUCAUCUGCCACUCAACUAUCCCCCUGGGAGCCCAGACCUAGGGAGACACUAUCGGUCUAAUUCUCCUCUGCCAUCAAUUCAGCUACAACCUCAGUCACCAUCUGCCUCAAAGAAACACCAGGCAGUGCAGGACCUGCCAGCCACCAACACCUUUGUAGGAACUGGCGACAACAACUCAACAGGCUCAGACCAGUAUUCGGAAUACAGCUACAAGGCCAACCCUCCAAAAUAUAGCACCAAACAGCUUCCGCAUCGUCGAGUGACCUUUUCCACAGCCAAUCAGGCGCAAGACCUACAGGAUCCCUCUCAGCACAGUUACUAUGACAGCGGCCUGGAUGAGUCAGAGACACCCAGCAGUAAGAGUUCUUCAGGGCCCCGUAUCGGGCCCCUGGCCCUUCCCGAAGACCACUACGAGCGCACCACUCCCGACGGCAGCACUGGAGAGAUGGAACACCCUGAGAAUGAUCUGAGGCCUCUUCCUGACGUGGCCAUGACGGGAAAAUGCACACGCGAGUGUACAGAAUUUGGCCACUCUGAUUCCUGCUGGAUGCCCGGGCAGCCCUCACCGAACCGCACCAAGGGUGCCAAGAGCGGGCCCAAGCUCUCCACCUUUGUGCCUUACCAGGAGAGAGAGGGUCAGGAGCAUCUUUUUGGUGACAGCAGCUCCAAGCCUCUGGGAGAGGAGCGGAAUGGAAGUGGGAGCAAUAAAGUUGCCAGCAUUCGCUUUCUGCCACCCUACACUAGUGCCUAUUCUGCAGGUGGCGACGCCGGCAAGGACUGCCCGCUGGAAGAGAUCCCCUUAAGUCAUACAGCCGACUACGCCCCUGCUACUACACCCUCUAGCCAAGGCUCCAAAAGAGAAAUCUACCUGUGAAACACCUGUUGUUCGCCUGGGUUCGGUUCCACAUUUGAUCCAAUUUACUUGUGAUCAGUAAUGCCUGUGAAAGGAUAAAAGGCCUUGUUGUCAAAACACCUGAAAAAAUCUACUACACCACAAGACCCCAAUUUACACAGACUGUCAUAACAUGCAUCUCCAAUCCCCUCAGCCAUAAGCCUAAUGGCUGACACAACACAGCUAGAGACCUUCUUCAAAACCCUUCAGGGUUUAAUACAACCCUUUGUAUUGUUAGAGGCUCUGGAAGCCAAAUAGACAGAUGAAAGAAGAAAAUAAUCAGAAAAAAAGAAAGAAAAUAAAAACAAGUUUUGUGAAUAAAACAUGAAGAACACAACCCUGUGCAAACUUCUAUUGAAUGAAUGUAUGGACAACUUUAAAGUGAACUUUGUGAUAAUUUAAUGUCAAGGGUAUAUUCCUAUUGGAUUUAGAUCAUUUUUUUUUUUUUUUUGUUAUAUAUAUAUAUACACACACACACACACACAAGUAUAUAUAUACAGAUAAUACUUCUGAUUCAGACUGUAGUUAUGCAUACCUAUACACUGAGCUACACAUACAAAUAGUAGCACAUUUUGUUUAUUUCUUUUUGUUUUUCUGUGUUUGAAUGUGUGUGUACAGUGUGUAUCCUCAAAUAAGAACUUUUGAACCCCAGAAGAACUGGCAAACCAAAUUUUGGUGAUCCAAGGGGGAAAUACGUUUUCACUCACUUUGCUGAAGAGAAAACAUAUUCACAUUUCUGUAAGCACUGAAGGGUAAAUGUUUCUUACAUUUGUCUUUUUCAUAGAAUCUCUUUUCUUAAUGUACAGUGAUGUAAAUAGUACACGAUUAUGAAGGAACAGUUUUGAUUUUCCAAUGAUUUAACUGUACAGAACUUCAAAGCUCUGGAUUCCUUCUUGUUGAUAGUAGAAGAGUACUUUCUUCCCUGUUAGUAAAUGAAGAAUAACAUUUUGGACCACAGAAUGCUGAAGAUAAUCCACAGUAGGAAACUCAGCUGUCUAACUACACAGGACUCGAGUGAACAUAGAAUUUGGGGCGAAAUGAAGUGAAACCAAUGGAUUGCAGAAGGUUUAUGUGAUAUGAUUUGUCAGAUUUGAAAAGUUGCCAUUACCCAUGAUGGGCUUCAUCAGUUCCCAACGGAGGCCUUGUGGAAGCAUAGCUGGCUCUCACAGUGACUGUUCCCUGUAACACUCCUAUACUUCAUCAGAAGACUGUGGUGGAAUCUUGAGUAACAACGUUUCACCAUAAACACUGAAAUGUGCAAUAUCCUACUCGUUUUCUAACAUGCCAAACUCUGUUGUGUAAAUGUGUGGUUGUGCCAGAGAUGCUUUGAGCUCUGCUCUAUAGUGGGUCUUACCCUAACAGAAAUGAAUGUGCUCAAGAGGUAGAUGAGUUCAAAAAUAGUGACAUUAGAGCAUUUCUCUCAGAAAAUAUGGGUUUGACCACCUUCAAGUUGUAUUCAACAAAUCUAAUAUACUCUAGGAUCUCGGGAUUCUUUUUUAAGUGUGCUUUGAGUAUAUGGCAUUACAAGACUUCUGCAGUGAGUUUAGAGACAAGAGUUUAGCUUGCCUUCGUUGUGUUAACGUAUUACUGCAAAACCCCACUGGCCUAAAUGGGGUGGUUUCCUGAGUCGUGAUAAUUUACACAUUUGAAAGCGGGGUCUUUCAGGAAGAGUUUACAGGAAGUUAAUUUAGGGCUGCUAUUAAUAGCGGCUGACAGUAACAGGGAUUGCUUUGGGUGCAAUCCAGGUCAGCGAAAGCUAAAAUGAGCAUUAGAGGCCUGAGCUACACACAAUAAGUGCACUAUAAUUUACACCAUGUCACACAGUUAAGUCACCACUUAAAACUGAACCUUGAAGUAAAGCCAGAUUUUGCUGUUAGCUCUGCAGAUGUUGAUGCAACACAGGUUUACAGCGCACAGGGAUGUGCUGAGGUGUCUGUUUGGAGUUUAAUAUUUAAUUAAAAAAAUUACCCAACACUUAAGGCUGGUGUGUCAAGUGUGUCAGGUGAGAGCUACGUUUAAUGUGACACUUUAAGCAUUGCACUUCCUUUCAUAAGUGUGGAUUUAAUUAGUUCACGGCUGACUCCUUGUUUGAGCACUGGCAGAACAACAAUGGAUUACUAUGAAGUCCCUCUUAAGUAAACAAGACAUUUUUCCCUUUGACAGAUUCUCUGGUCCCUGUAUGCCCCGAUGUCACCUUUGAAUAAGCAUAGAGGAGCUCAACGCAGCCUUAGGCAGACUACAGGAGAAAUCAAGAUUCAUUGCUUGGUCUGUCCCCCCAAAAUAAAAGUGCAUGUUUGGGCACAUCAACUCUCUCAAUGGUCUUGUUAGGGUCUUAAAGGGAUAGUUCACCCAAAAAUUAAAAUUCAAUUAUUUACUCCAAGAGCAUUUGAUUUUCUUUCUUCUGCAGAACAUAAAGUAGACCUUUUGAAAUGUGUAGUAGGCGUAUUAUCCAUGCAGUUAUAAACAAUAGCGAGCUUUCAAGCUUCAAACAUAAAGCAAAAAACCAUAACAUACGACUGGUGUGACCAUCGAGUCUGGAACCGUCUGAUUUGUAAAUGAAUGAUUCAGACUGAUUUUUUUAACUGGAUCAACAGAUUUAUAGAAAAUAUCCAAAAGAACAAUUCACUCAUGUAUACAACCUUGUUAUUACUUGCAAGAACUCCCAUUGAAUAACAACUUACAUUUUGGCCUGUUCUUCAUACAAGACUCUUGUAUGGCUUCAGAAGGCAUAGUGUUGUAUAUAAUUUUUUUAUAAAAAAAUUAAUUAUUUAUCAGAGAUUUGCCCGAAGCUGAAUACAAUUUACGGAAAGAUUUUUUUUUUUUUUGUAUAGAUUAUCCAAGAAUUACAUGGAUAACGUGACAUUUUAAAUAAACAUAUCCACAAUGACAAUGAAUUUACAAGUCUGUGAAGCCAAUUUUCUAAUCUAUAUUUUCCACUUUUUGAAAUUUCAAUGUUAAUGUAUCACAAGAUUCACACGUAAUUAUUCCCAAGUAUUCAAUUAUAAACCAACUUGAGCGUGAUUUUAAAUUCCUGACUUGAAGUGAUGAUUCUGAGCGGAGUUCAUCUGUCCAUCUCCUAAAGUGGACCACAUUUAUAACCACAUCAGCGAUUAAGGUAAUUAUCUGGUUAAGAUUUUAUUUAAAAGUUAUUUAUUUAGAAGUUAAAAUGCUUCAUAAAGGGUUAAAAGCUUCAUUGAGUGUCAGUCUUGUAUCAGUACUCUUAUCAGUCUUAGUCUUAGAAUAUCCCUGCACAUGUGAAAAACUAAAGAAGUAAAGCUCAUUCUUCAAGAAAAAAAAGAAUAACAUAAUUCUAUUAAAUAAUAAUAUAAUAAUAAUUUAUAUCAUAUAUAAUUAUAUAAUAUACAGACACACACACACACACAUACAUAUAAAUCAACAUUUUAUUAAAACUGUAGUAUGGCUAUUUUAUUUAAUUUUGAUACAGCCCCUGCCCACAUCUGUUUCUAUCCAAAUACAGAUACAGAUAUUUAUUUUUUAGUGUGAACUAUCCCUUCACAUUUUGAGUUUUGUUCCCUUCAUUGCACACAUCUGUAUGGUGGUCUUCCAGUUAUUUUAAACUUUCCAGCUACUACUGACCUCAGAGCGGUUUUCUGCAGUGACAAACAGAAGCGGCUUGAGCUGCAUGAACCCAAACGCUGCAUGACAGUUAGACAGUCACUCGCUUCCACCGCGAAAACCUGGAGUUUAUCCCUGGAGAGCAACUGUCACCGAUACUGCUAGGUCAAAUCAUUCUGAGCUUGUGUGCGCUACUCUGUGUGAGCAUGUUCAUCUUUGUGUGCACACCUGUGUAGUGUCACUGUGUAGAUACAUGCAGAGAUUCGCUUACUACUAUUAAAGCAAUCAAUUGUCAUGCCCUAUGAGUUUAUCUUCACUAUGUGCUUGAAAUUUCAAUGCCCAAAUUGUGUCGUGGCAUAGCAUUGAAUGAUUUGGCUUGUGCUGUGUGAAACAUUGGGCACUAUAAUGCAGAUAUUUUAAGGAAAACAUUAUGACAAACAACAUGUCUUUUUAACAUCUUAAAAAUCUUAACAGGGCAAAAAGAAAGCAAGGGAAAAUUGUAUAAGGGGGACAGAUAGUCCACUGGCUUUUUCCACUGUACUGCAAUUGUAGCUGUUAGUUUAAUAUUUGACGGCAAUAUAUUUUACUCUUCAGUGGCAUAUGAUCGAUUUUGAAGCUUAGGUAGUUUCUUAACUCAAAGGGACCAGUGUUAAAUGAAGUCCCAUCUGUGGCUCCGAAUCUUUCAAAGUUAACUUGUUUUUUUUUUGUUUUUUUGUUUAAUGUUUAGUUUUUGAAAAUUGAAAACAUUGUCAUUUUUAACUGUGAUCUAUUGAUAUUUCAUACCAAACAUAUUCAUUAGUAUUUUUCUUCCCUUUUUAAGCUCUUUAUAGUUAUACAAUCCACUCAACCCUGUUAGGCAGUUUUGUUUUCUGCAAUACAAAUGUGUGCUGCUUUCUCUCUUGUAUUAAACAUUCACAUUGCUAUUUACACAUGUAUUGAUAUUUGUAUUAUUAUAAUUAUUUUUUUUUAAAUCAUGUCCUUCAACAGCACGCUUAUGAGCAUAGUGUAAACCAUCUCUUUUUUUAGCCAACAUCUUUUGUUUUAUGUAUUUUCACAGCAUUAUUCUUCUUUGGGUAUUUGACCACCUUCUGACCAGGCUCAGCAAUCUGCAGAAUUUUUUGCAAAAUAUGCCGAUUUCCAGGGAAUGGAUUUAAACAUGGUAAAAAAACAAAAGUGUUCAACAGAGCUUAGAGAACUCUUCUUGUUAGAGUUCUUCAUAGUAGCCAACAUAUGUAAUAAAAGAGCAUGUAUGAGGCAGGGGAGCUUUUUGAAUGAUGGUCGUUCCAGUUUUGUGGACAUCUAUGGAACUUUCUGUGGAAUUCUGUGGGUACAGAUUCUGUGUGGGUCUGCUCAUGACAUGACUCACCAACUGUAUAAUUUUAUUUUACUGUAAGAUCUAUUUCAUUUUUGCUGAAUUGUGCAUUUAAUUACAUGUAAAUCAAUCAAAUCCAAUGUGAAUUAAGAAUCAAUGUUUUGCUUUAUACAUGGACUCAUUUUUGUGGAAAGCCGCCUGCUGCAUUUGUCUAGGUAUUAGGAGUUAUGAACGAAUAUGUCAUAAGGUUGUAAUUCCGCCAUGCAUAGUAAGGGUCACCAUGCAUCUCUGAGCAUAAUAGUAGAGAGUAAACAGCAUCAUUCUAUCCCUGGAAAAACAUUCCAAAUGAAACCAGUCGUUUAUUUUGCGAAGUGUUGGUUGAGUGGCUUCAUUACUUUGACUUUGGCACUGAACAACCACCUUUAAAUAUAUAAUUAUAGGAAGUACAAGUUUGUAGUCUAUGUGUGUUGGUUAUAUUUAUAUCGAAACGCUUGUGAUGCCUUGUUUUCUUUGUACAGUUUUAUGUACAUGCUAAUAAUGUGGCUUUUUUAAAAAGAACUAAAAAAAAACAUGUUGAAAAACAAAUCUAAACUGUAAAAUAUUUUUCAAAGUAGAGUAUGUUAGAAUGGGAGUUUUUGGAAUGUUGGGUGCACAGAAUUGGUGUGCCCUUGUCUACAAUUUCAUCAGUUACUAUUCACUGGCUUCUUCUGGUCUAUUUUCAAGUUUUACUGUCUCAUUUUUAUUAGUCUUAUUUUUUCCUGCGUUCUGUUACUUUUGCAGAACAGUAGCUUUUGAAGAGUUUCGGCCCUUAUUUGUUCCAUUAUUUUCUUAUCGACAUUCGCAUGUUAAACACAAAGAAACACAAAAAAAAAAAACUGUUGUCUUUUAUUUUUGCUGAGCAAAUCAAAGAAAUAAUAUCUUGUAAGUACUCCUUCCUUAUAGCUUUACAAUAAAAUACAUUCAGUAAAAA